AUGUCUACAGAAGUUGUCAAAGCUCAGAAUGCACUCAAUAGCAUUUCGAGCGGCAAGGCUAUCAACAAUGACGAGUUCGUGCACAUGUGGGCCAACACGAACUGGGGUGAGCUGCUUCAGCCCGCGCCCCUCUCAAUAUCCGUCAUUGGUAGCAUUCUUGUCCUCGCCGCCUCAACCGACGACUUUUCCCUCGUAACCGAACGCAGGGUAGAUGAUUGGAAGUUUGCCAAAUAUCCUGAGUCAUUCAAGACCUCCCUGGAACAGGUUGUUGGCGACAGCUUUGAGGCGUUCUCAACUGCUCAUGCGGAGAUGGAGAACAUACAGAAUGCGUCUGCUCAGAUGCCAGGCGAGAUUAGGACCGCUGUCAUGACCAUCCUGAAGGCAUCACCCAAGGAAGUCGAAGUAUACCUGCCGGGUCAGCUUGAAGGUGUCCGCACUUUAGCGGAAAUCUGCUCCAAAUCUGCAUUGCGAUGCGAGACCGGUUUCAACAACCUCACGGGGCUACUUCAGGAGUUGAUCCUGGCAUGUUCUAACAAACGGGGCGACUCCGAGCAAAAGAAAGGGAAGAUGAAGUUGGAACUGCAAGUUCUUAAGACACAGCUCAAACAUCAAAAGCAGAGACUCGAGAACACCGAGCGGACUCACGAAACAAUGCAAAAGGCGUUCGUUGAGGCUGAAGAGGGUUUCAAGCGUGCGGCGGACUCUAUCCCUACAGGGUGGGGUGCGGUAGGCAUGCAAGUCGUUGAAGCCUAUGUGGACAUGGCCAAGACUGCCACAAGCGUAGCCGCAAACUGCGCCGUAAACGUGCCACUUCACGUAAUGGGUAUGGUGCAGGGCGGAGCCAAGAUAGAAACACGAAGCUCUGGUGCCUCCCCUAGUGUCACGGCGGCGCGCUCAGGUGCUACUGCUAACAGUACCGCGAUGAGCGCGGCGUCCACGUCGGAUGACGAAUCCCUAGCUAGUCUGUCGACAAUCAGCGCUUAUAUCGCAACCAUCAAAGGCCUCCUUGAUGGAGGCGAGGAUGGAAAGCCGGAGUUUGAGCGAAUCCGCUCUGACCAAGUCGCUAAUGGCGGGGCUUGGGUGGAAGCAGGCCUCAAUGUCCAGAUCAAGAGCAUCUCCUCACGCACGAACCACCCCUGGACGAGCCGAAUUCACCCCAUCGUCACUGAGAGCCUCGAUAUCAUCGUCAACAUGCGAAAAGCUGCGGGAAGCUUGCAGGGACACAGCGCCAGCUCGGAGGAACUGAAGAAGACGUACCUUUCGCGAGCACUCCAGGUGGAACAGGAUCUGGAGAAGCUGAAGGCGGAGCGCAACCUCAUAUUACAGCAGAGUAGCAUCUCUGCGCACGGCCCCGCGACGCCUGUCCCUGGCCAAAGAAUGUCGGACGCUGCUGCUUCUCGGUCCCUCGAGGCCGCUCGCAUCAAAGUUGACGAAACCCGUGCGCAUCUCGUGGGAUCGCGCGAAGCAUUCGAGAGGAGCUCCAUUCGGCUUGAAGAAGGCCAAAAGGAGGUCGGGAGGACAGUCGUUUCCAUGACUACGCUCAAGCUCGAGUCGAUGACUCUCGAACAGAUGAUUCCGAUCCUCGUCAAGGCUGUUCAGUCAUUCAAGACGCUUCGGACCCAAUUCUCUCAGAUCACCCAAUUCUUCAACAGCAUCACGUCGCUCAUAAAUGUCGUCCUAGUCCCGUCAGUGGCCCGCUGGGUGAAAACUAUGGAAGAUGCCCGCUCUCUAGGCGGCGUUUCUAUCUCUGAUUUCACUCGUCAAUUGAUUUAUACUCAGAUGAUGAUGCCUCUCAAAAUUUCUAUGCUUGCGGAGAAGAUAUCAGCGACAUACAUGACGGUGUCCACCAAAUAUAUCAUGCCUAGUCUCAGGGAGGUUGGGCAGAUCCAGAGCUCAAGCGCAGGGGUCUCGAAGGAAGAGAGGAGAGCAUACAUUGGCAAGCUUACUAGGGUGAAAGAUAAAGUUGGUCAGCAAGCUAUUCAAUCUAGCAAAGAGAUAUUGCAGCUGGUCGCCAACGAGCAGAAGCAAUUUGUGUCCUCUAUCGACGAACGACUGAACGUCAUCAUGACUGCGGUUAAGCCUGUGCUAGCCAUUGAAGACGAGAUUCCCGGGCGUUUCGUAGAAGUCACCUACGCUCACGUCAAGUGCGUAGAUGAAGCCAAGGGGAAGGAGAUGUCUGAGAAUGGCAUCUACAAGAAGUUCGACGUUAAUAGUGAUGACAUCAUGUGAGCACAUCGAGCGCUCAGCGAGACGUGCGCCCGGGCAGGGGUUAGAACACGCACCACAACAAAUCACUUGUUCACUGUCUGUAUUACUUUGUCUUGCUUAUCAAUUCCACAUGCCCUUGAA